AUGUUUGGAAACAAUCUGCUGACAACAGACCAAGUCAUUCAGCAUGCUCUCACCUUAUAUCAGGAACAUACUGCAGUACAUGAAGCACAACAGAGAAAACAGAAGUAUAGUUGCAAAUGGCAGCCACCUCCUGUAGGUUCAUUGAAGCUUAAUGUGGAUGGAGCAACUUUUAGUGAUCAAUGUCGAUCUGGCAUUGGUGUGGUGUUAAGAGAUGACAAAGGAAAAGUGACUUUUGCUGCUAGUAAACCAGAAGAUGCUAUUGCUGACCCAAUGGAGAUAGAGCUCAUUGCUAUCUUGAGAGGAAUUCAGUUGUGUAUUCCUCUAGGUAUUGUUGAGCUUCAAAUUGAAAGUGAUGCACUUCUUGUUAUUGAAGAACUAAAAAAGGAUGGAAAAUCUUCAACCCUAUGGAGUUCGCUUAUUCAUGAAAUCAAGACCCUUCUAUCCUCUUUUCCAGCUUGGUCUAUUCAAUAUAGAGGCCGUGAGUCUAAUGGUGUAGCACAUAAUCUGGCUAAGUUUGCAUGGCAUCUUGAUGAUAUUGCUCUAUGGUGGGAUGUUAUUCCCGAAUGUAUAUCCCAUGCUAUUUGGGUUGAUUCAUCAUUGUAA